AUGAGUUUCAAAAAUAAAGUGGUUGUAGUGACCGGUUCCAGUUCUGGCAUCGGCGCGUCCGCCGUUAUCGAGUUCGCUAAAGAGGGGGCUAACGUUGUCAUAGUGGGAAGGAACGAGGCUAAGCUCAAUAAUGUACGUGGAGAAUGCGAAAAGUACGGCAAAAAACCACUUGUAAUUAAAGCGGAAAUGUCGAAAGACGCCGAUGGCAAGAGAAUCAUUGACGAAACAAUAAAAAAGUUCGGAAGGAUCGACGUGUUGGUCAACAAUGCUGGGAUUUGCGAAACAGUUGACAUUACCAGUGAAAACUUUAUGGAGGGCUAUGAUCCCAUCAUAAACGUGAAUCUGCGUGGAGUUGUGUACAUAACCCAUCAAGCUAUACCACAUCUAAUCAAGUCG